UCGCUGUGGGUUCAGUUGUUGGAAGCAUGCAGACCAAAGGUUUUUACUGUGUUUUAUUCCAGUUGUGGCUUCUCCAGAGCAGAGCAGUUGCCUCUUCUUUGGUAAAUGUGGCCCCCAGUGGAACAGCAACCCAGUCAUCCACAGCCAGUGGUGGUUAUCCUGAUAAGGCAAUCGAUGGGAAUAGAGACCCGGUGUAUUCCCACGGAUCCUGCAGCCAUACAGGCGGUGGGUUUAGCAGCUGGUGGAGUUUACUCCUGCCCGGGCUGUACAAGGUCGCACGUAUUUCCAUCACCAACAGAUAUGAAAUACCUGAAAGGAUCAAUAACGCCAAGAUCCUCAUUGGGAGUUCCCUAGAGAACAACGGCAACAACAACCCGAGCUGCGCUGUUAUUUCCUCCAUUCCUGGCGGAGCUACCAGCACCUUCCAGUGUGGAGGGAUGAUCGGUCGGUUGGUCAACGUGUACGUCUACCGCACAAACCUCCAAGCUGUACUGACACUAUGUGAGCUGGAAGUGUACGGAGAGCUGCUUCCUCCGGCGCCCACGUUCAGUGCAGUGGUGAUGGGUAGGAACGUAGCGGUGGUGGAGAGGAGGCUGUGUUGGUCGGAUGCUCUGCUGUACUGCAGAGACUUCCACUGGGACCUGCUCAGCAUUCGCAGUGCAGAGGAGCAGAUGGAGGUGGAAGCGGCGCUCACAACCGCCUCCUUCAACCUCACCAGACAUGUUUGGUUGGGACUGCGCAGGUAUCUGAUGGGGGACACGUGGUUUUGGAUGUCUGGAGCUCCCAUGAGCUACAACUACUUGGACAGAAAGCUCUGGCAAGAAAGCAGUCCCUGUGGCGGCAUCGACACCUGCGCUCCCUUCCACUGGAGGGAUAUUCCAUGUGGGGAUCAUCUUCACUUCAUCUGUUUGAAAGACAUUCAGAGCGAGACGAGAGGAGUGGAGUUUUUCAGCAGCACCAGAAUGAAAUCACCAUGAAGAGAAACUCAGUUCACAUCUUCAGAGCGUGUGUGUGUGUGUGUGUGUGUGUGUGUGUGUGUGUGUGUGUGUGUGUGUGUGUGUGUGUGUGCAUCAUAUCACACCAGUGUACCGUGGCUUUACUGCUUUAUUCUGUUUUAUUGAUAUCUUAGUGAUGUUUCUGAUCCAAAGGUGGCCAAAAGGUUACAGAGGUUUUGGAACUCUUCCUGUUUCUGUCUCUUCCUCACAACUCUAUUUACAUAUUAUUAUUAUAUUUACAUGUUUCAGUGUGUCUGUGACUAAAAGAUAAACUGCUUUACAAUAGUUUAAUAAUGCAUAUUAUUUGCUAUCUACAUGCACAUUGGAUUAUUUUCUAGGGUUACAGCAGUCAAACUCUUCACCCUCAUAUCA